AUGUCCCGCGACGCUCUCAGGCUACAGUCUUCAAUUAAGUCUAUGGUCAAUUCAAUUCCUUCUGCUCGUCAGCGUACUCGUGCGCAAACCGCAGCUUUCCUGCUCGGUGCUUAUCCGGAACUGCCUAGUACUCAGGACAAGGAAAUCAAUCGCACGCGUGCAGUUCAGCAUCUCUACGAGGGAAUGGCUGAACAGCGGACGCCAUCACCGGUAGACGAACUUACUGCACAACGGUGUCAGGCCCAGCUCGAGAAAAUCGAAUUUAGAGUGCCUCUUCACACUCUGGACAGAAACCAGUCAACUACUUACGUGGACCGCUCUCAUUCUGAGUCAGAUUGUCCUAUAGACAUACUUGACUCCAUCAAGGCCACAAUGGAUGUCUCAAAGACAUACCAGCACUUAGGCUGGCGUUUGUCUACUGCCCGCCGCAUAGACCCGCCUCAUCGACUUUUAACAACGCAUGACAUCAAUAGCGCUUUCAAAGCUGCGAGGACGGAACAUGGUUCUGGCAGAAAAACAAAGAAAGUUGCCAUUGAAAUCGUCAAUACUGCUGUACGAUUGAAAGAGAAGCAAACACGGCAACAGGCAGGUACAUCUUCUGCGGGCGGAUAUACAAAGGAGUUAGAAACAGUCACGAGCACAUUGCGCUGCUCGGACCAUCCGAACCUCAGAGAGGACACGUUCUGCUGGGUCGAUGCAUCCCAGCCCAACACCCCGCACUAUCCGCUGUGCACCCGGGACCUACAAGACUGGGCUAAAUAUCUGCAUGAAACUGGAGAUUUAGACUUCGUCACUUUACCUAGGACACCUCAUUUCAAUGAAGUUCGAACGACGCGUAAAGAGCGAACUACCGUGUUGUCACCGCUCCAGAGGGUGCCCACUGAAAUUAUAUCACCCGUUAUCCAUAAUCAUAUCCACCUCUCACCCGCCACCAAUGACACAAUCUCCGAUGGAAUGUUUACGAGAGAACGAGGAGAAGGCUAUACGGCUCCCCAGCCACUCAAGAGGACUUUUGCGCUCUACAUGGAGAGUGACGAAGAGUCUGACGACGACGAACUUCCGCAAGGUAUUGAGGACGUCCUUAGGACUGUCCAUUCUCGCUACCCUGCGAUGAACUUUCCCCAAUAUGUUGAUAAACUGAAGGAUCGCGGCAUUUUUUAUUUACCCACCGCAGCUCAUUUCGGUAUCAGAUUCUAUGAAGAGAAAGUCGGAAUGUCAGAGGGAUCUGCAUAUACCUUUCAAAGUUGUAUUUGUAAAUCUUACGAGAGGGCAGAACUUGCAAAGGAGAGAAGGAAAACCAAAGGGAAGAAGAAAGCACGGGCUCACGGCAACGAGAAUGAAGAAAACAUCCACCCUAUUAGCUUUUGA